UUCCUUUAAGCCCCGGAGGUCACUUCCCUGUCUCCUCCUCCUCCUCACUGUGGUUCAUGUUCAGCUCUGCGUCAGGGACAAAUCUGUCAACUGGAGCAUUUUUCGGAUUCCAAACUGUCUCUUCCUCAUCGAGCUACAAGAUCCACCAACAGAAUGGGGUUCACGUGUGACCAGUGUGGGAAGGUGUGGCCAAAUGCUUCCAGGCUCAAAGUCCACUACAGAACUCACACAGGAGAAAAACCGUACAGCUGUGAUGUUUGUGAAAAGACAUUUUCACUGUCAAGCCACCUGGUAUCACAUAUGAGAAUCCACACGGGAGAGAAACCAUAUGAAUGUGACCAGUGUGGGAAGAAAUUUACAGAGUCUGGUGCCCUUCAUAAGCAUAUGAGAAUCCACACAGGAGAAAGACCAUACAGCUGUGACCAGUGUGGGAAGACAUUUAGAGACUCCAGUGCCCUCCAUCAUCAUAUGAGAAUCCACACAGGGGAAAAACCAUAUGAAUGUGACCAAUGUGGGAAGAAAUUUACAGACUCUGGUGACCUCCAUAAGCAUAUGAGAACCCAUACAGGAGAAAGACCAUACAGCUGUGAAGUUUGUGAGAAGGCAUUUUCACGGUCAAGCUCUCUAGUAUUACAUAUGAGAGUCCACACUGGAGAAAAACCAUUUGAAUGUGACCAGUGUGGGAUGGAAUUUAGAGACUCCAGUGCCCUCCAUCAGCAUAUGAGAAUCCACACAGGAGAGAAACCAUUUGAAUGUAAGCAGUGUGGGAAGGAAUUUAGAGUGUCUAGUCAUCUCAAUCAGCACAUGAGAAUCCACACAGGGGAAAAACCAUACAGCUGUGAGGUCUGUGAGAAGACAUUUGCACAGUCAGGCCACCUAGAAUCACACAUGAGAGUCCACACUGGAGAGAAACCAUACGAGUGUGACCAAUGUGGGAAAACUUUCUCUCAAUCAUCCAAUCUCAAUAAACACAUGAGAACUCACGCCUGGUUGAUACUAUAUGAGUGUGACCAGUGUGAAAAGGCUUUUAGAACAUCCCAGGAGCUCUCCAAUCACUAUCGAGCACACACAGGAGACAAACCCUUCACAUGUGACCAGUGUGGGAAGGUGUGUCAAAAGGCUUCCAGACUUAAAAUACAUUACAGAACUCACACAGGAGAAAGACCAUACAGCUGUAACCAGUGUGGAAAGGGAUUUAUACACUCUGGUGUUCUCAAUGAACAUAUGAGAGUCCACACAGGAGAAAAACCAUUUGAAUGUGAAGAGUGUGGGAAGAAAUUUAGAAAGUCUGGUGCGCUCAGUGAACAUAAGAAAACCCACACGGGGGGAAAAUCAUACAGAUGUUUUGUUUGUGAGAAGACUUUUUCACGCUCAAGGACUCUAAGAUUACAUAUGAGUGUUCACACAGGAGAGAAACAAUUUGAAUGUAACCAGUGUGGGAAGGAAUUUAUACAAUCUGGUCAUUUCCAUCGACAUAUGAGAAUCCACACAGGAGAAACGCCAUUUAAAUGUGACCAGUGUGGGAAGGAAUUUAGACAAUCCUUUGAUCUUCAGCGACAUAUGAGAAUCCACACAGGAGAGAGACAAUUUGAAUGUGAACUGUGUGGGAAGGAAUUUAGACAAUCUGGUGCACUCAGUGAACAUAUGAAAAUCCACACAGGGGAAAAAUCAUACAGAUGUGAUGUUUGUGAUAAGGCAUUUUCACGGUCAUGGACCCUAACAUCACACAUGAGAGUCCACACUGGAGAGAAACCAUACGAGUGUGACCAGUGUGGGAAAACUUUCUCUGUAUCAUCCAAUCUCAGUAAACACAUGAGAACUCACUCCUGGUUGAUACUAUAUGAGUGUGACCAGUGUGAAGAGGCUUUUAGAACAUCCCAGGAGCUCUCCAGUCACUACCGAACACACACAGGAGACGAACCAGACGACUGUGAAGAAAGAGGGGAAGGAUUUCAGGUCUGUGAGGAACCGUCUAAAACGUGUCCAAAUGUUCCAGACUGAAGAGAAAAGCUGCAGCUCUGACCAGUGUAGGACGACUUUGAGACAAGCUGGUCAUCUGAAGGUGCACCCUCUUGAACACACAAAAGGAGAAAGAGCUGCUGAGCCCGGAUCAAGUGAGACUAAAGUCAGACUCAAAAAGCUGGAGAUGAGGCUUCAGAGACUCCAGACUGUGGAACUGAGUUCUGUGUAGUGUCAACAAUUAAAAACUUAAAAUUAUAAUUAAAGAUAUUUUUUACUGACCGAUGACCAAGGGCAUCUGUGGUAGUACUUUACCAUCACCGGGUCUGGAGUGAAUGAAUAAUGCUUUGUAAAACGUCUUUGUGACAAAUAUCUGUGUGAAAAGCGCUGUAUAAAUAAAGACUUACUUACUUAUUUCCCAUUUUUUAAUAGUUUCUAUAUGGAAUAUUUAUCACUGAUUUAUUAUUUAAAUUGAAAUUAUUAAUACUUUUAUUCAUCCUCGUUCCUUUUGACCAUUUAUGGUUCCUGCAAAAGGCUGACAGACAAAUAACUUUGUUGUUUCACUGUUAAUUAUGUGCUUCUAAUUCCAUCUCAAAGCAGUGAAUUGAUUCUACACAUGAUGGGAGCAGAUGUUUCCAUAAAGGCCAGUUAUCUGAUCAUAUUCGAGUAAACUACAAUCUUCUCCAACAAGGUCAUUUACAAAGAAAGGUCAUUCUCUAAUGUGUUUUCCCAAAGUUAUAUUGU